CCGGACAGGGAGAUGUUGUGGCGCCGUGGUAACGGUUGCUAAGCUAACGGUUGCUAAGCUAACGGCUGAGUCUCCGGUUGAAUGACAUCAUGCUCCAGCUGCGACAUGACACCUGCAGACACUAACGGUGUUGAGUGAUGCAGCAGAAGUUGUGCUCCAGAGGUUCUGGUUCUUUCCUCUUGGAGAGGAACGGCCAGGCCUGCGGCGCCGUCACCGUCACCUCCUGCGACCUCCCGUUCCGCUGCCCCCGCUGCGGCGAGCAGGAGCGCUUCCGCAGCCUGGCCUCGCUCCGCGCGCACCUGGAGUACCGCCACUCAUACCGCGCGCCUGACGUCACCUCCGGCGGCUUCAGCAUCACUGGGAAGCUCCCCGACCCGCUGACGGCGGCCAUCCCCUGGCACGACAUGAGCCUCCCGACCCGCCGCGGCCAGCAGGGCGCCGGCCGCCCGCCGCACGUCCGCUCCCUCAGCGACAGCAGGGACAGCGGCUACCUCCACUCCUACGGCUCGGUGAGGAGGCGCACUCAGAGCGUCGGGGUGGGCACGCAGGCCGAGGAGGAGGACGAGGAGGAGGAUGAAGAGGAGGACGAGGUGGAGACGGAAGACGAAGAUGUAGGAGAAGAGGAGGAUGACGACGAAGGUGAAGAGAGAGAUGAAAGAAGAAACGAGGAAUCGUCCGCCAAAAAGUCCGCUGUGUGUCACCAUCACAUCAACCACCACCAUCUCCCGUUCCUGUCUCCGGCUCCUCUCGGACCGACACCGGACCCCGACCUGGACUUGGACCGGGACCUGGUCGAGCAGAACUCGUACUCCGGUCUGGAGACGGCGGCGGCCUCGGCGGCGGUGCGGCGGCGGCUGGCGAGCAUCCUGCGGGCGGCCGACAGCACCAUGCAGCGCCGGCUGGCCAAGGUGAGCACGGAGCUGGCCCAGACCGACACGGAGCUGCUGUGUGAGCGCGCCCACUCGCAGCACCUGGCGCAGGAGAGGCAGGAGGUCGCCGACAGGGAGAGGUCGCUGAGCCGGCAGGUGGACGUGGCUGUCAUGGUGAUCGCCGCGCUGAGGGAGCAGCUCAACGCCUCGGAGAAUGAGCUGGAGAGACGAGAGAGGGAGGUGAUAACCAUCCAGAAGUUCCUGGAAGCGGCGGCGCGUCAGGAGACGUGCGGUAAAGUUCGAAUCCAGCGAUUCAUCGAGAACCUGCUGAGACGCAUCGCUCUGGCUGAGAGACUCGUCGAGUACUACCAGGUCAACGGCAGCCCGCAGCAGUGCAACCACUACAAGUACCAGCAGCCGACUGAUAACGGACCUCACAGAAUCACUAAAAGCAGGUCAGCCGGAGGUCAGCUGUCCUCGUCCGGUCUCCACGACAACAGAAGCCACUCCUCCUCGCAGUUUGGCGGCCGUCCUCUCCGCGGCGGUGGAGGCGGCGGCGGGGAGCGAGACCGGGAGCGGGAGCACCGGGAGCGCCUGGCCCAGUCGUCCCGCCUCUUCUGCCGACCCGAACACAGAGACGACAUCUGGAACCACCAGCGGCGCCGAUCCGCCGGGUACGAAGCCUAGAACGUAGAGGAACACCGGGGGAGAGGGGGGGCAGCGGGAGUCAAACGGGGGUCAACGGGAGUCAGACGGGGGUCAAACAGGUGAUUCACGCGACGUUAUUUCAGCGUAUUAACCUUUUUGGAAAAGUACAGUUAGCUCACAGUCACAUCAAGCUGCAUCAGACGCUGCCGGACUAAAAAAUACAUAAAUUACUGGCUUUAUUAAUACAUUAAUACUUCAUUUACUGUUGGUUUAAAACACGUUUUUAAAUUUAUUUAUUAUCGAAUUUAUUUUAUUCCAUCUGCUUAUCCAAUUUUAAGAAAUUAUUUAUUAUUUCCUUCACAUUUAAAAAAAAUAAAUUGAUGA